GUUUUCCGGGAAAUUCCUGUUGAAGCGAAAGUUAUAGCACAAAACCCUCACUGAUAGAAAAUCAACACUUUGAUACGCCUUUGCUGCUUUUGGAAGGGAACUCGAAGGAAGUGUGCGCAAUCUGACGAAAGAUGGCAUAUUCAUCAUCGCAUAGAGAGAUGUCCUGUGCCUUUGAGAGGAUGGCAUUUCAGGACGGCUAUUCUGAAGACUCAGAAGGAUCAGGGUUGAUGUACGCCACUUCAGAUUUGAGGACCAAACAGCAACGUUUUAGGCAAAGUCGACCACCCAUGAGCCCUGGACAGAUGUGGACAGAUGAAGAAUUUUUUCAAAGCGAAGCAGUUACAGACUGUGCUACCCGGAAGAUUGUUUGGAGAAGGCCAAAUGAAUUUCUCCGUAAUCCGCAACUUUUUGUUGGUGGUGCUGAACGGUAUGACGUUCAGCAAAAACACUUUGGGACGUGCUGGUUCCUGUCCAUGUUAGCAAACCUUGCUGACAAGCCGCGCCUGUUAAAGAAGGUGAUCAAUGCUGAAUCAUACAAACCUCGGACUGACGGAAUCUGCUGCUGCAAGCUGUGGAAGUUUGGAGAAUGGGAGGACAUUUAUAUCGAUGACUAUCUGCCCCUGUAUCGUGUGAAAGGCGGCCUUCAGUUUUAUGGCGCCAUGUCCUGGACAGACUCUGACGAAUUGUGGGUCUCCUUCUUGGAAAAGGCUCUAGCGAAGAUGUACGGGUCGUACUGUGUUGUCGACGAAGGUGGCUUGCCGAGCGAGGCCUACCUGGCGCUGACGGGAGGUGUUUCCGAGACGGUUCUGAUCACAGAUUACAUAUCCAAUCCCCGCAGUCUGUUCCGGCGACUUGACAAGGCGCUAAAGACACGCGCAAUGGUGACAUCUUGUAUUCUUGAAGAAUACAGCGGUGAUCGUGGCCUAAUUGGAGCACAUGCGUAUUCUCUGAACCAAACAGCCACGGUGACGAGAUUCAACGGGAAAGUUGUCCGUCUGAUCAGAAUAAGAAAUCCACAUGGAACAAACGAGUGGAAAGGAAAAUGGAGUGACAGGAGCCCUGAGUGGCAGACUUUGCCCGAAGGAGGGAACUUGCGCAGAGACAGAGACGAUGGAGAGUUCUGGAUGAGUUUGGAAGACUUCAUGUCAAAUUUCACGCAAACAACAAUUUGUUCCCUUACUCCUGAUUUUGACAAAGAUGGACAAUCCGACCCAUUAAACUAUGUGCUGAGGAUAUUUGGAGAGUGGGGACAAAAAAUGGAAAUCACCAUUCCAGGGGCCUGUCGGAAGCCGAUGUUUUCAGAGAAGUAUAGAGAUCUAGCACCGACGGGAUCCAUCCCAAUAGUGGUUCAAAUCGUGCAGAAAGAAGUCCGCAGGAGCUUCUACUGCGACAUCGGCUGUAGCUUAUCAGACGCGAAUGGCAGACGUAUUCCUGACAUUGAGCGAAAGCCGACACACGCUGCUGAACUCCAGCGUGUGUUCCGGUACACCCUGCCACCAGGCGACAUGCAAGGUCUCAAGGAAUGACGUGUUGUCAGAUUUCAGCAGCUGGUCAUAUUGUCCCCAUAUCAUUAACAAAUAACGUGUGUAGGUGUCGUGGUGAAUAAUAAUACAAAGGGACAUAACUCGUAGAUUAUUUUGCGUUUGAAAACAAUCAGCAAGUAGACAAGGUUCACAAGGUACCCAUCCUGCCCCUAGGACGACCUGGGUGCCAUGACCCGUGAAGAUUCCGGGGUAGAAUAGGUCUUCAGCAACCCAUGCUUGCCGUAAAAGGUGACUGCUUGUCGUAAAAGGCCACUAACGGGACCGGAUGGUCAGGCUCGCUGACUUGGUUGAUGCAUGUCAUCGAUCCCAAUUGCGCGGAUCGAUGCUCAUGAUAUCAAUCACUGUCUUGUCUGGUCCAGACUCGAUUAUUUACAGACCGCCGUCAUACUGCUGAGUGCGGCGGCGUUAAACAACAAACCAGCCAAACCAAUCGUUUAUACUCGCAAUUGAACAACCGGAGGAUCAGAACAUGUUUAUAACUGAUGUUAUUGUCCCCGAGGAAAACAACGAAAUGUUUAUGUGUUUUUCAUGUCAAAUGAUCAUCUUAAUACACAAUUGUAGUGCAUUAUAUUCGCUUAGCUAUUUCAGUGUGUAUUGUUCAUUAUAUUCCUUUGCAAUGACAGUUUGUGUAGUUUAUCAUUCUCGUUUGUAGCUAUUUCUGUGUCUGUGACCCGUGAAGAUCCGGGGUAGAAUAGGUCUUCAACAACCCA